ACUGCCCGCAGUUGCAAGCAGAUAAUGGAGAUAGAAGGAUCGCAGGAGCGGAAGGAAGAUACGCCUUUUCCGUCACCUCCUCUCAAGGGAUUUGAUGGAGUUGGAGGCGCCACUCGUACGAGUGAAGAAGGCUUCGAAAAUGUUAAAGAAACUGCCCCUGUGCCCAUCACCGAAGACUUGAAGCCCACGGCGAGUGAGAGUGAGCGUGAGCAAGCCGAACACUCCAUCAACGUCCGCCGCGGGGAUGGCACGAAUUCGAGAGAAGAGGGUCAUUAUCCCGUGGAAGGUCAAAAGAAAUUGUGCAUUUUCAAUUUUGAGAACUUCAAAAAAAGUGGUGCACGCAAGGGAAGUGAGGAAGAUGUUAGAAAAUUGACUUCGACCUUCCAACAAGUUGGCUAUGAAGUAGAGCUGUAUGAAGACCAAAACAAAUCAGAAUUUUUGGCCACCCUCUUGAAAAUCAGCAAAAACGAAGAACUUGCGCGCAACAAGCUUUUCAUUUUGGCAAUAAUGAGUCACGGGAGGCGAUCUAACGGCCUGCAGUUCGUGGCUGCUGACGACAGGAGCAUCAGCAUUGAUGAGGUCAGGUCGUACUUCAAUGACCGUCACUGCCCUCAAUUGAAGGGCAAACCAAAAAUUUUUUUGGCAGCAUUUUGCCGACCACUGCCCGAGAUUCUUCAGAGUUCUUCAGAAACAUCCAUUGCUGAAGCUGAUGAACCUCAGGGCGAGUUAGUGGAAAUUGAUGUGCCUCCAGCUGGAACCUUUCAACUUGACUCACAAGACCAGCCAAAUGUCACUAGUGAAUCUGGUGAAUUUGAAACAGAAGCUACGAACAAAAAUCUGGAGCAGGUCAAGCAUUUGUUGCGCUGUACCGAGGAGGACUUGACACCAGAUCAGAUAGAAGAGAUUUUAGCUAUGCUCGAUCCAGAGAGCGUUGACCUUCUCUUGCAAGCAGCCGCGUCGGGAUGUGAAAUAACUUCAGUUGUAAGCGUGGACAACUUAAACGCCGAACCACAAACCCAAAGCAACUGUGGCGAGCAGACCUUGCACAAGAAUUAUCCUAAAGACUUCAACGACAUGAUGACGCUGUACUCCUGCAAGACGGGAUUUCGGUCUUCGAGAAACCGCCGCGUCGGCACGCGUUUCAUAAGUGCGCUUUGCGACGCGGUUGCAGAAAACGGCUACCGUUACAAUGUGGACAGACUUUACGCGGACAUCGAGGAGAGAAUGAGGGUAGACUGUCCGGACGACAGUGAGUCUCUUGAAACAUUUGAUCCAGACAAAGAAAGUUCGACGUUUAAAACAUGCUAUCUAUUCUGAAG